UUUGUAUUUUCAGCUUGCGGUGUGUGCAAAAAGAUUACAACAGCACAUCAUAGCUGUAAUUAGAGUGAUCUUGCAAUUAAACCACUACAACUAUAGAAGAUGAUAUAACGAAGAAUAAUAUGGGUCAUAACAUAGCAAUGGUAUCAGAUUUCUUCUUCCCCCAACCUGGGGGAGUGGAAUUUCACGUGUAUCAUUUAUCUCAAAAAUUGAUUGAUUUAGGUCAUUCUGUAAUUAUAAUUACCCAUGAUCAUGGUUCUAGAAACGGGGUACGUACUCUAACCAAUGGUCUAAAAGUGUAUUACGUACCGUUUGUUGCUGUCUACAGAAACUCCACUUAUCCAUCUGUAUUCCUGGGUUUUCCAAUUUUAAGAAACAUCUUCAUCAGAGAACAGAUCGAUAUCGUUCAUGGACAUGGAUCAUUAUCAAAUUUAUGCCACGAAGCUAUUUUGCAUGGACGAACAAUGGGAUUGAAAACAGUAUUCACGGACCAUUCUUUAUUAGGAUUUGCUGAUGUGUCGUCCAUUAUGGGUAAUAAAAUAUUGAAAUUUGCCUUAAGUGAUAUUGGUCAUGUUAUAUGUGUUUCUCAUACAUGUAAAGAAAAUACAGUAUUAAGAGGAUCGUUAGAUCCUUUAAAUGUAUCUGUCAUUCCCAAUGCUGUUGUAUCAGAAGAUUUUUCCCCAUUAGCCAUUAAACCGAAGCGUGACAAAAUAACCAUAGUGGUCAUCACUAGAUUGUUUCCCAAUAAAGGUGCUGAUCUCCUUACAGCCAUCAUCCCAGAAAUAUGUCGUGAAAGACCAGAAGUGAACUUUCUAAUAGCAGGUGAUGGUCCAAAAUUCUUAGAUUUAGAGCAAAUGAGAGAGAAAUACUUCUUACAAGAAAGAGUUGCUUUAAUAGGUGCCAUAAAGCACGAAGAGGUAAGAGAUGUCAUGGUUCAAGGUGAUAUAUACCUUCAUCCUUCAUUAACAGAAGCAUUUGGUACAGUAUUAGUGGAGGCAGCAUCUUGUGGUUUAUACGUGGUCACCACCAAAGUAGGAGGAAUACCAGAAGUAUUACCUAGUCAUAUGACUAGUUUUGCUGAGCCCAUACAAGAUUCGUUGGUAAAGGCAACACUAGGUGCCAUUGACGUUGUACAAAAAGGUAACUUAGAUACUUCAAAGUUUCAUGCCGAAGUUGCGAAGAUGUAUAGUUGGCAAAACAUUGCUAAACGAACUGAAAAUGUUUAUGAAUCGUUAGACAUUGGUGAUGUUAAUGAAGACUUAUACCUACGAUUGAAAAAAUAUUACUGCUGUGGAUUAGUAGCUGGAAAACUAUUUGUAUUAAUUGUAAUUGUGGAUAUAUUCGUAUAUGUGAUACUUGAAUGGGUAUAUCCUUCUGAUGAAAUUGAUAGAGCUACAAAAUGGCCCAAACAGAAAAAGGGUCAUAAAAAUAAUAAUGAUGAUAAUGAAGUAAUGUAUUAGUUAGUU